AUUGGUCAAGCUUGAAAAGAGUUUAAUAGUUAUUUUAUAUAGAUAAACUGAACGACUGUAUAAUUUACUACACAACAACAGCUUUAGACGAUUAUUUAAAAAGAGGAGAUGACGAGGAACUACUGGACUCUGAUCUAAGUUAUGAAUUCCACCGUGAGUCUCAUCAUAUUCAUUCUAUACCUAGACCACAGAUCAGCCAGGAGACAUUGGUAGAAUACUGUCUGCAGGCUCUUCUCUCCCACUCUACUGUAGAGGAACAAUGUACCCAGCUUCUAGCUGCUCUACCACUCUUCCAGAUGGUACUGCAGGCCCAUCCCGACAACCCCAGGAUCAAAUCAUUGAUUGGGAAGAUAUUGGCAAAUAUUAGUCUCUACCCUCAACAUCAUUCUAACUUAUUCAGGAACGGCUGGGUAGGUGUACUGGCGGCCUGGAAGCAGGAUCCUAACCUGCUUGUAUCUCUACCAGCAACUAAAGCUUUAUGUAACCUAGAUCAAGAAUUUGGGGUUCACAAGUAUGAGCCUGGUGUUUACCUGAUGCUGCCGACUGACCGCUAUGUCCAGCACAAGAACCAGCUCAGCAACUGGGGAGUUGACAUUGUCUUCGUACACGGUCUCCUGGGAGGAGUAUUCUAUACUUGGCGCCAGCAGGACAAGGAUAAUAUAAGAGAUUUCUCAGCGAAACAGAUAAGUGAGGAUGACUAUAGUUUCUGCUGGCCCCGAGAUUGGUUAAAAAGUGAGUCAGAUAACGUCAGGUUGUUUGGUUUAGACGAUAGAUCGGCAGAGAUCCUGAAACGUCUACGUGAAGCCGGUGUUGGAACCCGGCCGGUCAUAUUCGUCGGCCAUAGUAUGGGCGGACUCAUCAUCAAGAAAAUGUUGACGGCCGCCGAUACGGCCGGAGACGAAAAACUGACAGAGCUUGCAAACAAUACCAAAGGAGUAAUAUUCUACUCAACACCUCAUGAAGGAUCGCAGAUCGCUAAACUCAACUCUCUAGUUAAAUAUAUAUUCUUUCCAUCAGUAGAGGUCCAGGAACUAGAAUUUGGAAGUCCGGCUCUUUCUGAUCUUAAUAUGUUCUUCAAGCAGUUUGUGAAUAAGUUCAAGACAAAAGUGAUAAGUUUUGGAGAAACAAUUCCUACUCGACAUCUUGGGUUGGAUUUAAAUUUUGUGCCUGUAGAAUCCUCUAAUCCAGGUUGGUUGGUU